CUGCACAGCCUGCACAGCUGCCGCACGGCUGCACUGCUGCACGACUGCACGACUGCCCCCGCACACCAUGGCCUCCAACGGCGCGCCCGUCGACACGGUGGCGCCCGGCGUCGCCGCCACGUCCAUCACCAAGGCCGGCUUCCGCAUCACCACGCGCAAGCUGCCCAUCCUCAAGGCCGGCCCCAUCGACGCCAUGACGCGCGCCCUGGGCAUCACCCCGCCCGAGAUGAUCUUCGGCGACAACCUGGCGCGCAUCGAGCACCCGGCCUCGGGCUGGGCCAUCGAGUUCAAUGCCUUUGACGCCCUGGACCGCGUCGACAAGACGGGCGCCCACAUGUUCCAGGUCGCCUACUCGCAGGCCUGGCAGCAGAACCGCCAGAAGCAGUUCGAGGACAUCAAGGAGGUUGUCAAGCCCUUUGACUGGUCCUACAGCACCGACUACCGCGGCUCCGUGCCCGACGCCCCCGCCAUGCAGCCCACCACCACGCCCAUCCCGCUCGCCCUGCUGCGCCGCCCCGACCCCAUCGAGUUCUUCGACGAGGUCGUGCUGUACGAGGACGAGCUGGCCGACAACGGCAUCGCCAUGCUGUCGUGCAAGAUCCGCGUCAUGCCCGCGCGCCUGCUGCUGCUGGUGCGCUUCUUCAUGCGCCUGGACGACGUCGUCUUCCGCAUCCGCGACACGCGCGUCUUUGUCGAGUUCGCCACCGGCCAGGUCAUCCGUGAGUACACUGCGCGCGAGGACAAGUACGAGGAGGUGCGCCGCAAGCUGGCAGGGCGCAAGGAGGACGUGCUGGCUAUCAUGCGCGACCCGAACCGUCUGGCCGAGCACAUUCCCGUCGUCGAGACCAUCCUGGACGGCGUGACGCUGGGGUGAGAUAGGACGCAUAGACGUCGCGCCGGGCCGCAGAGUCGAGACUGCAUGGUGGGUAGGAGCGGGUAGGUCUGUCGACGCGCAACUAACACGGGUAGACGUGUCGAGCGAGCAGCACGGCGCCACGUAGCAGCCAGGAAUAUACCUGUGAAUCCGCUGCAAGAGUAGCACACCCAUCUCGAAUAGUCGCCCAUGCUUUGUUCCUCGAUCAUCACUGAACCACCCACCCCCAGUCCAGUAUGCAUCAUGCCUUGCCUGGCAACAUAGCCCAGCGCAACCCUUUCCUGCAUAUCUAUCCAGAUGUGAACGUUCAAUACUGGGUGGAAAUCAACGUUGGGUCGUGGAGAGUCGCAAGGGGCAUCGAGAUACCAUAGUCAAGCGUCGUGGGAAACUCAGUAGUGCCAUGCACACAGCCAAAUGAAAAGCUCAAAAAUACAACUUCCAC